UGUUAUCACAAUAGCCCGGAAAAGAUUCUAUGCGACUGCUACGUUUGUGAUGGUGUUGUUAUUAUUUAUAAGGCGAUACUGAAAUUAUUUCUUUUCGUUCUUCAACCUUGUUAGUAUACAAAGCUUUUUGAGCAUGGCGGGGACAGCGCUGAAACGACUCAUGGCGGAAUAUAAACAACUCACAUUGAAUCCACCAGAGGGGAUUGUGGCAGGCCCUGUCAGUGAAGAGAAUUUCUUUGAAUGGGAGGCUUUGAUCAUGGGCCCGGAAGAUACCUGUUUCGAAGGAGGUGUUUUCCCAGCAAUCCUGAGUUUUCCUUCAGACUAUCCUCUGAGCCCUCCGAAGAUGAGAUUUACCUGUGAAAUGUUCCACCCGAACAUCUACCCAGACGGUCGAGUGUGUAUCUCCAUCCUUCAUGCCCCAGGUGAUGACCCGAUGGGAUAUGAGAGCAGUGCUGAGAGGUGGAGUCCAGUUCAGAGUGUUGAGAAAAUCCUCUUGUCAGUCGUCAGCAUGCUUGCUGAGCCCAACGAUGAGAGUGGAGCCAACGUGGACGCGUCGAAGAUGUGGCGUGAAGAAAGAGACCAGUUUUUCAAAAUAGCUGAACAGAUUGUGAAGAAAUCCCUGGGACUUUAAAACCAGCUUGAGCAUCUUCUCAUAAUGGACCGCUCCUUCUUUUCUGUGUAAGGAGAAUAGUUUGGAGACUCGAAAUACAUAGCUGAGAACAGAAUCUCUCUUGAACUCUCUAGCGAUAUCAUGCCACUAUUUCUUUUAAGUCUAGGACCUUUGCUUUAGGGUUACUGCCAGUACGGGCUGCUUUUGAGAGUACGUGCACACAGUGUUAAAAUUCUGUACAAUCAGGAAUUAUUAGUUAAUUCAACUUUGUUUCAUACUGGUUAUUUCUGUUAACAGAUAUAUGGAUACCAAGAUUCCAGUGUGAAUCACCCCUAUUGUGAUAACAUCAGACAGAGACAAUUUCUUUAACACUUUAGUUCAAUUACUUUGUGGGUACCCAUAUUGUGUUAUUGUCUCCAAAUUUUGUAUUGAAGGGCAAAUACAGUAUAAUUGGAGCCUGGUGAGGCAAACUGCAUCUGUAAAUUAGAAAUAGUAUUUUAGCAUGUAAAACAAAAGGCUGUUAUGAAGGUUUUUUUUUAUAUACAUGGAUAACUUUCAAUUUAGAAGGUAUGUUUAUUAAUUGUGAAGUGCAAUCAGACUUCUUGUUUAUUUAGACAGAAGGUCAUGGUUUUCUUUUUUGAUCUGAAUGCUGUUGCAUCAGACUAAAAGAAUGACCUUCCCGAUUGUUAAAAAUGAGCGAGAUUUUAAAGCUUAUUUAAAUUGAAUUGUACUAGAUAUAUUAAUUGUAGUUUGACUUUCACAAGUAUAAUAUCUUUCCUGAUUUCUGAAAGUUUUGGGGAUAAAAUUGAAGAACUAUGUUAAUCUCCUUGAACCAGUUAUUAAUAUUUUAUGAUACCACUAGUAGGAGAGCAUAGGCCCAAAUCGGGUGGUAGUCCAAAUUUUAGGGCAACUUUCUCUUGACACAAAACUUGUGUGGUGUGGAACCUUUUGAUAUUACUGUUAUGACCAAAGUUAUGGCUGCUGUUAAUUCUGAUUUCAAUUUAAGAUUUGUGUGUUGCUCUGGAUCUCAACUGUUUUUUGGAGUGGCAGCCAAAAAGGUGUAAUCUUGCUUCUGUAGCUGAUGUUAGGGUUAAAUUUCAAACUAUGGGGCAGACUGGCAUCCUGGUUUGGGGGUGAAUAGACCGUACUCUGGAAGCAAAAGUGUUCUGGGCAACUAGUAAGUUGCCAUUGUGUGAGGAGAUGGGCACUGCCAGCCGAUACUUUAUGCCAAAAAAAGUAAACUUGGCAUUAAUUGCAGUUUGGCUUUGCUUUAAGGAGUAACACUGAACCCAAACCCAGUGGUAUUGCCCUUUCCGAUCAUGUCUUAACACGAUUUGGGUUAAUUAGUAUUUUUGUUUAGAAUUACAAGUAUACUUUCAUAUUUCUCUGGUCAAUAUUGUUGUUUUUUCUUUUUUUUUUCUUAAUUAUAAGCAAGUGACACUAAAGUGUUCACUGGUUGUUUUUGAUGAUGUUUAAUCAAUACAUGGAUUUUUAGUUAUGUAGUAAUUUUAUGAACAUAAAAGGAAAUCGGAUGAGGUUUUCUGUCAUUAUGCAGUAUUGAUGGAAAAGAAAAUACCAGGUGGAUGGAAACCUAGGUGACUUACUUAUACCGACUACUUAAAAACUAGAACCUGCCAGAUUUUCGACUACUUAGAACCACCACGUGGGUCAUUCUUAAAGUGCUUUGAUAUGAAAAUGAAAGACAAACUGUUGGAUACAACUCAAAAGUUUUAUUCAUGACCAUCAUAUCAAACAUUUGAACUGCAAAAAACGCAGUAUUUAAAUAAAAAAAAAAAAUAUAAAAUGAUUUUCAAAAUGAGCGCAUAUACAACACGACUACAAA